AUGUUUUAUUCACAGUUCAUAUUGGCAAAAAAGGGUCCAUUAGGAACCAUUUGGAUAGCGGCGCACUUGGAGCGUAAGCUUCGUAAAAAUCAAGUUGCUGAUACUGAUAUUGGAGUUUCUGUAGACUCAAUUCUUUUUCCUGACGUGCCGAUUGCACUUCGGUUGUCAAGCCAUCUAUUGCUUGGUGUGGUGAGAAUCUAUAAUAGAAAGGUGAACUACCUAUUUGAUGAUUGCAGUGAGGCUUUGCUCAAAGUUAAGCAAGCUUUUCGCUCCACUGCUGUUGACCUACCCCCAGAAGAGUCAAAAGCACCAUAUCACUCUAUUACCUUGCCCGAGAAGUUUGAUCUUGAUGAUUUUGAGCUGCCAGAUACUGACAUUACCCAGGGUAACUAUGUUGAUCAUCAUAUUAGUUCGAGGGAGCAAAUCACCCUUCAGGACACGAUGGAGGGUGCCAGUUAUUCCACAUCAAAGUUUGGGCUGGAUGAGAGAUUUGGUGAUGGCGAUGCUUCUGGAUUGGACCUUGAUGAGGAACUGUUUAUGAACAAAAUUGGAGCUGCAGGCAAUGCCAAUGAGAGUGCUGAUCCCCAGGCUUCUUACCGACCAACAUCACCCCUCAAGCAUGAUGAACAUCUUGUAGAUAGGGCCACAAAUUCAGACAUAAUGGUCGAUGAUGCUGAUGAACCAGAUGAUCUCAUGGACUAUGCACAGGCUCCGUGCACUCCUCGACUGGUGGAGGAACCAAAUUUAUCUAAUGCCAAAGUUGCCUCAGCAUGUGAUGACCAUCUGGAAUCGGAAUAUCAUUUAAUGGAAUCAACAGUGAGGGAGAACGAUGAUAAUGUUCUUUACAAGGAUAAACAAGAGGCGGAUUGGUGUUCCCGAGAAGAUAAAAUUUCUGAUGCUGUACCUCUGGGGCAACACGAGGAGAAUGGUCACCUUUCGAGUAGCUUGGAAAUGAAUGAAUCAAAUUCACAUCGUGAAUUUCCUCUAGAAGGUCAUGAUGAAGCCACAAGACCUAUUUCAGAAUUCACUGAUGGGAUUGAGGUAGCUAAUGGCCAACUUCUGGAGAAUUUGCAAACUGAAGCUGUCCAAGAAGUUAACAAGACUGGUAAUAACUAUCAAGGUCCCGGUGAAGUUGACAUGGAAAUAAAUGCUGGUGAAACCUCUAGAUUGGCUAGCAGUGACCAGCAAGUUGCUGAAGGUGUACCCUUAAAAGAUCUAGCUUGGCCUGGGGUUGAUGUCUCUAACUGUGUAGGAAAAGCUAUUAAUCAGCAGGAAUCAUGUGAUGAUGGUCUGGGAUUGGCUCCGAAAAAUCAAGUUGGAUCAUUCCUAGAAGCUCCUGAAACUCGAGCUUGUCAGCAAACUGAAAACUCGAUGAAUCUCGAGACUUGUGAUAAAGAGGUGUCUAGUGUAACUAUACUAUCUGGGCAAUACAAUUCUACCCUGGAAAAUCGUGAUGUCACAAAGCCUGGGGAUAGCAUCUCAACUGAUGCUGGUGCAAAGUCCAAUGCUCCUUCCUUCGUAAUCUAUGAACGUGAAGACGCAAUUGAGCCAGGUCAAGAGUACGGCAUAAAUAGCAACCCUGAGCAUAACCAGAAGGAAAAUCAAGUGCCAGAGCUUGCAUCCGGUGAAGAUACCUUGGUGACUGUUGAGGAAGCGGAUACUCAAGUACAUAAUACAAAUUCACAUACUCAAGUACAUAAUGCAAAUUCACAAGAUAGGUCUGUUGAGGAUUUAAAAAACUCAGCGGAACAUGAGCUUUCUGCUCCUGAGAAAUUGCUUUCAGUACCAGAAGGCCAUGUGGAUUCACAUAUACACAUGCCAGUAGGGAUCAACACGAGUGAAUUCAUGGGGUUCGAUGGAGGUGAUGCCGGGAGCAAGAGCGCUGCAGGCAGAAAGCGUAGUUUUACUGAAAGUACAUUAACAGAGCAGAGUCUGAAUUCAGCUGAAUCCUCGAGGCAAGUCCGUGCUAGAACCGCAGGAUCGGUUCCGGAUUACGAUGAUUUGUUGUCAUCCAUUUUAGUUGGUAGAAAAUCGUCAGUUCUGAAAGUAAAGCCAACACCUCCACUCACUGAGGUGACCUCAAUGAAGCGUAGUCGUUCCGUUCCUCGUUCUAAAGCUCCCAAAAGGAAAGUGCUUAUGGAUGAUACCAUGGUUUUGCACGGCGACACGAUACGACUUCAGCUGACCAAUACAGAAGACAUACGUCGUGCUAGAAAGAAAGCUCCGUGCACGCUGUCCGAAAUUUCAGUCAUACAGAAACAGCACAUGGAAGACGAAUUUUUUGUCGAGACUGUAUUCAGUGGCAUGACAGCUGAAUUGGCAUCUUUGCAUAGUCAGAUUUGUGAUUUGAGUCGCAUCAGGGUUUGCAAAGAUGAUCUAAAUGGUCCCUCUCUUGAAACUUUGGCUGAAGCAAGGCUGCCUUCCCAAGACGACACAAUUCUCGCUACCCCUGAAAGCACUUUUGGACCAAACUUAGCUUCCCUGGAUGACAACAAAUCUGGUGUUCCUAUUGAAACUGUGGCUCGAUUGCAUUCAACAUCCUCUAAUAAUGAAAACCAUGAUGAAGCACCCAAAGGUGAUAAUGUAAUAGAAACAAGUGAGCAAGGGGUAAACAAUCAGAUUUUAAUCGCGACAGAGAAUGAAACAACGAGUCUCCAUGAGAUUCUGCCAGAAAAUGAAAUAAUUCUGGAGGGAGUCAACGACACAAAAGGCGAUGAUAGUCUCAGUCAAGAGCCAACUAAGCCUACUGAUGAUGUGCGCACAGAUGCUUCAGUGGAUGAGGUUUUAGUGAAUGCAGCUGAUUUAGGAGCGGGUCCCACAGAUGCUGUUUCUGACAAUCUUUCUAUUCCUGAAGUUAGGGAAUUAGACCCCACCAGACAUGUUACGGAUGAUGUGGAUCAAACUGGCUGUUUAGACGAGUCCGGCAAGAGAAAUUCUCACGUGAAUGUGGAUGCAUUGGAUGUUGUGCCCUCAGCUGAGUUGGAUUGUGCCGAUAAUUAUGAUGGGCAGGGAAUUGCCAGAGAAGUGGCGAAGAAGGAUGAUGAUAUUAAUGUGGAGUUGGUUAUGGAAGUUGGAGAAAAGGAUGAUAUUUUUCUGGAUAUGAACGAAGAUGCAGCUGUUGAAAAGGGACCCGAUGUUAAUUACAGGGAGCUGGAGCAUAAUCUUGAAACCGAAUUUUAUAAUGAACAACAACGAGAAUUGGAGUUUUCACAUCAAGUGCUUGAGGGCAUGCUAGAUGAUGGUUUCAUUAAUGCUUCAGAAAAUCCAAAUCACUCGGAAGCUUAUCAACCCAAUGUGAUGGAUGCAGAAACUUGUGGUUUUGACAUGAAUUAUCCAGGCCUUUCAGAGUUUCUCAAUGUUGAUGAUGACGAGCUAACUGAAAUAGCUGAAGAUCAUAUGCCUGAUGAUGAAGAGACACAGUAUACUGAGAACAGUGGGUGGUCUUCGCGUACUAGGGCUGUCUCCAAGUACCUCCAGUCGGCAUUUGCUAAAGAGGCAGAAAGUGGGAGGAAGUCUCUUUCCAUGGACAAACUUUUAUUUGGUAAAUCGCGCAAGGAAGCAUCUAGAAUGUUUUUCGAGACAUUGGUCCUUAAAACACGAGACUAUAUCCAUGUAGAGCAGCCUAAUCCGUAUGAUGACAUCACAAUAAAACCUCGAACGAGGCUCAUGAAAUCAGACUUCUAA